CUCGGAGUCCCCUGUCCCAUUCUGAUUCUGAUUCUGAUUCUGAUUCUGAUUCUGACAUACAUUUUCAACCUUCCAAUCUUGAAAUUCAAUCAUUCAUUCUUAACAUCAAUGGAUUUCCCCAAAUGGGUUUCUUUGAUUUUCAUACUCUGUAUGAUUACGCCACUGCCCAUUUCCUCAAAGCAAUCUUCGAGCCCAGAAGUGGAGCUGGCUCAAAUCCCAGUCUUGUUUCUUGAACAUGCUAAAAGAAACGAGCUUUUCGAUCGUAUGGUGAGUAUCAGAAGGAAAAUCCAUGAAAACCCAGAGCUUUGUUAUGAGGAAUUUGAAACCAGUAAGCUUAUCAGAGCUGAACUUGACCGGCUGGGCAUCCCUUACAGAUACCCUUUGGCUGAAACCGGCGUUGUUGGCCUUGUUGGGACCGGUGGUCCACCCUUUGUUGCAAUCAGAGCAGACAUGGAUGCUUUGGCUAUGCAGGAGAGUGUGGAGUGGGAGCACAAGAGUAAAAUUCCUGGGAAGAUGCAUGGAUGUGGACAUGAUGCUCAUGUUGCCAUGCUUCUUGGAGCUGCAAGUAUACUUCAAGAGUAUCGCCACAAAUUACAGGGGACUGUUGUUCUUAUUUUCCAACCAGCUGAGGAAGGAGGCGCAGGAGCAAAGAAAAUGAUAGAUGAAGGUGCAGUGGAGCAUGUCAGUGCCAUCUUUGGGUUACAUGUCACUGCUGAGCACCCCAUUGGUUCAGUGGCCACCAGGCCUGGCCCUAUUUUGGCUGCGAGUGGAUUUUUUGAAGCCGUAAUAAGUGGGAAGGGGGGUCAUGCUGCAAUUCCACAGCACACAAUAGACCCAAUCUUGGCUGCUUCCAGUGUUAUUGUUAGUCUGCAACAUCUUGUUUCACGUGAAGCCGACCCCUUGGAUUCACAGGUUGUGACUGUUGGAAAAUUCCACGGAGGUGGUGCAUUUAAUGUUAUUCCAGAUUCUGUUACAAUUGGUGGUACUUUCAGGGCAUUUUCAAAGGACAGCUUUAUCCAACUUAAACAAAGAAUCGAAGAGGUUAUUACUAGACAAGCCAGUGUUCAGAGGUGCAAUGCAACUGUCUUAUUCAAUGAAAUUGCACGGCCCUUUUACCCUGCAACUGUAAAUGACAAAGAUUUGCAUGAGUACUUCCGGAAAGUUACAGUCGAUUUGGUGGGCCCUCAGAAUGUAUUUGAGAAGCAACCACUGAUGGGGGCGGAAGACUUCUCAUUCUAUCAAGAAGUAAUUCCAGGGUACUUCUUCUUUCUUGGUAUGAAGAAUGACACUCAAGGACAGUUCAAACCAGCGCAUUCACCAUAUUUCAGAGUAAACGAAGACGUGCUUCCUUAUGGAGCUGCAUUCCAUGCAUCACUGGCCGCCAGGUACCUCCUGGAAAAGCAACCGAAAUCUACCUCAACAGCAGACCAAAAAAUGAAAUCCACUUCAAUGAAAGGGAACUUUCAUGAUGAACUAUGAAGUGAUAGGAUGAUUAGUAUCGGUAGUAAAGGUUCUAUUCAUGUAAAAACAUUUUUAUGUGCAUUGUUUUACAUGUAAAGCUGACUUGGUAUAAAUAAUUUCAGCUAACCUGUUGAUGUUAGAAGUGAUUAUAUGCGCACAAUUGCAGUCAUCAUUUUUA